CCCCAGGGCGCAACCAUCUGGAGCGGGAAAGGAUGGUGCUGGCCGGUACUCAGCUGCGCCCGGAGCUGAGCUACGCCGAGCGCCUCACCGCCGAGCGGCUGCACGCUGAGAGGAUGGCCUCCGUGGCGCCGGAUCCCGCAGCCAGGCUGCAGAUGCUCAACGUGACACCACAUCAUCAUCAACACUCCCAUAUCCACUCUCACCUCCACCUGCACCAACAGGACCCUCUCGGUCAAGGUUCAAGCCCUCAUCCUCUGGUGGACCCCCUGGCAAAUGGACCACGUCUGGCUCGCUUCCCCUUCCCCGGAGGCCCUAUCCCCAAUCCUCUGCUAGCUGACCUUCCACAUGACCAUGAGAUGCUGCGCCACCCUUUGUUCGGGGCUGCCUAUCCCCGAGAGCUGCAGGGUCCAAUUCCUCAGAUGUCAGCCGCGCACCAGCUCCAGGCCAUGCAUGUUCAGUCAGCAGAGCUGCAGAGGAUGGCCAUGGAGCAGCAGUGGCUGCACGGCCAUCACCUGCAUGGAGGCCCCCUGCCCAGCCAGGAAGAUUAUUACAGCCGUCUGAAGAAAGAAGGUGACAAGCCAUCGUGAGAUCAGUGUGGCGCAUUCGUCGUCUAAAAGCCUGUACACCCAGUAGAAUACUGUAAGAGAGUACUCGUGUGUCUUUGUUUUCAUAUAUUUUACAACCUAUUUGUGUAUCGUUAUGCGCAUUCCUAUUUCAGCACUUCACAGGCCCGCUAAAGUCUGCCCGAAGUUUUUCACGAGACUAAAAUUGUUUUCGGAACAAUUUCUCAGAUAUUCACGUGCGAUUUCAAAAGUGAUGGACUUUCACCAACUUACUGUUCCAACAGUUUCAUAUGCAACACAACUUUGCUAAAACAGCCUUUGGAAGAUUUGGAAACAGACUUUGGUGUGUCCUUGAAAUAUAUUGUCGUGUAUAGAUGAUGAUUGCUUGUACAGAAUUGCAUUUAAACCAGUGUUUGAAUGAGUGUUAACGACCGAGCAUGACUCAAACUAGAGUAGCAAGUGGCAUCGUCUUGUUUAGACUUAAAAACGAAUAGUAGAGGUUUGGUUUGACUCGAAUUAUGCUAAAUAUUUGUCUAAAUCCUAAAGUUUUAUAUAUCCAAGAUAUCUUUUCACAGUAUGACCUAAGCUUUAUUCACUCCUUUUUGAGCCUGUAAAUAUUAAAUGUUCACAAUAUUCUAUAUGAAUGAGUACCAUUAGUUGUAGGUGUAACCCUUGUUUGAACAGGAAACCUGAAACUCUAACACUAUAUAAUGUAUAAUUGACAAUUAUUAAUUGGAACAGGAUCUGUGCCCCGCAGGUUUUUCGUGGAAAUUAACGCAUUUGUUUGAUAAAAACAAGAGAAUUGGAGACAAACUAAAGAUUGACAAUUAAAAAAAAAAAAAGGCCUCAAAAUUUCAUAUUUAUGUGUAUCCAAUAAAGUUUGUUCAUUGCAUAUUUAUUUCAAUAAAUAUUCUGCAGUGACACCUUG